AUGGCAUUUGAAAUGGAAAUUCGACUGAGGCCAAUGUUAACUUCCUCAAACAAUGCUGAAAUUUGCUUGAACAAGAUUGAUCAAGAAGUUUUGAAAAACAUUCCUUAUGCUUUGUUAAUGAAGAAAACUCACUUAAAGAUACUGGAUUGUGUUGGACAAGGUGAAUUCGCUAAAGUAUACAAAGGCCAUUACUAUAUUGACAGCCAAUGCAUUACAGUUGCUGUUAAAGCACUUAAAGGAACAUUGGACAGAUACAGUAGUGAAAGUAUGAAAGAAUUAAUUGAGGAGAGUCUAGUAAUGAAGGAUUUACAGCAUCCUAAUGUAAUGGGAUUAAUUGGUAUAUGCUUAGAUGCUGGACCAUCACCACUGAUUGUACUACCAUAUAUGGAAGGUGGUAGUUUGUUGAAAUAUUUAAUAAAAAAUCGAGAAAAUUUGAUGGCUUGCACAUCUACAGAUGAUGAUGAGAUCAAUCAGUUGCGCUCCCAGCUACUGUCAGUAUGUUUACAAAUUGGAAAAGGAAUGCAAUACUUGGCAGGAAAAGGUCUAAUACACAGAGAUUUGGCUGCCAGAAAUUGCAUGAUUGAUGAACAUGGAAACAUAAAAGUGGCUGAUUUUGGUCUCUCUAAAGAUGUCAGUGGUAAUGUUUAUUUUCGGCAAGGAAUGUCAAGUGGAGUUAAACUACCAAUCAAAUGGAUGGCUAUUGAAAGUAUAGAGGAUGGUAUAUUCACUGAAAAGACUGAUAUAUGGUCAUUUGGUAUUACAGUAUGGGAAGUGUUUAAUGGAGGGAAGACACCUUAUGGUGGGUUUUCACCAACAUGUGUUAAGACUAUGAUAUCUGAUGGAUACAAACUUGAAGCACCUUCAAAUUCAGCAUGCAAUGAUGAUAUAUAUCAGAAGACAAUGCUAAAGUGUUGGGAGAGGGAUCCUAAUGAGAGACCAACAUUUGCUCAAGUUGUGACAGAUAUUGAUACAUUGCUAUCAAACAGUGUUGGAUACUUGGACCUUACUAAAUGAGUCCAAUUAAACAAGACACAUCCUAUGCAUACACAUGUACUGGUAUUGUAGCUAUAUUUUGUAGUGUUAAGCAUUAUCUUCAGUUUAACUAGCCUCAUUAAAAUCAUUAUAAAU